AUGGCUUUUAAGUAUCCCCAGUUUGAGCCGUAUGGAGAUAAGCUAAUCCGAUGGAUGGAAAAUACCAACGAACCCGGAUGCCCAGUUCCUAUGACUACACUUAAGUCACAGAAUCUUCCAAAGUCGCCGGACUGGAACAUCGAGUACGAAAGAGAAUGGUUAUCACCAGAUCGUAUUGCCUCUAUUGUGGGUCUUGGUCUGCGAGUUGGAGAGUUAAUUCCAAAUGACCUAUAUCCCACAGAGUCCCCAUGUCUACGGCAUUCAAUCAUCAAGGCCCGUCGUAAUGGAAUCACAGCCUUGGUGGGGACAAUUGCACCAGGCGUACUUUUUGUUUAUUCUAUUCGAAGAUACCACGAGUCGAACGAUCCAUAUAUAUCAGAUCUUGCUAAGACUGCCUAUGGAACGCAUUUUGCGUUGGAUAGUUUGAAGUAUAUCUUUAUGAACGACGUGCAGGAAUCUGCAACUGAACCAUUUAUCGAAGAACAGAUCUACCCGUCCCGUGAGGGAAUUAAGUAUCCAUCCGCAGAGAGUCAAACCUGGGACUAUCCUUCGCCGGAGUUUAGAGCUAUUAUGGGUACCCCUAUCGGUAAGGUUGUCGGAUACUUCAUUCUAGGUGCGUUUGGCCAAGGUGUGAAACGGGUUGCACGAAUUGUCACUUUUCACACUGGUCUUGACCUUCACAAACUGGAAAUUCGUUUUGAUAUUGAAGAUGUUGUAGAUCUAUGUUGA